CCCGGCUUCCAGCCCAAAGGCGUCUACCGCCCGCGCACGGACGAGUUCCUCCAGCUGCGCACCGCCGCGCGCGCCGCAGGCCGCAUCGAGCGCACCCGCCUCGCGCGCCGCCUCGAGAAGCUCAUCCAGCUGCACUUUCCCCCGCCAGCUCGUGACAAGGGCAAGGAGGAGGACAAGCGCCCGCUGCCCGCGAAGCGCGCGUCGUCGUUCUUUGAUCUGGAUUUGACGGACCUGCGCAGGAUGGCCGCGGGCGAGCUGUGGAAGGGCGUCGUGCAGGGCCAGGCGCAGGCGCACGGCGGGAAGACGGACAUCCGAGGUGCAACCUCCUUCCACCCGCUGACCAACCGCAAACACCACUGCCGCCUCUGCGGGCGCGUCGUCUGCUCGCUCCCGCGCGCGCCGCCCUGCUCGCUGCUCUUCGUCGUGAGCGACGGCCGCAUCGAGGAGGUCGGCGAGGGCGUCGACUAUGGCGUGCGCCGGAGGACCGCGGGCGCGGGGCAGGGGAUGGACGAGGCGGAGAAGUUUCUGAAGGGCGUAAGGAUUUGCAGGGAGUGUCGGCCGGUGUUGAUGCAGCAGCAGUACCAGCAGGAGGUUAGGCAGGUGCCGGUGUUUGCGAGGCUGUACGAGGCGUUCAUCUCGCUGGAAAAAGACAUCGAGGAGACGCUCCCGCAAUUCCAAGAGCUCCUCGUCACCCUCAGCAACGACGAGCAGCCGACGAAGGAGGCGUCCGCGAUCCGCAGGCACCUGCUCGACAGCUUCGCGCAGUACGACGCGCUCGCGAAGCGCAUCCGCAAGCUGCCCUGCGCCAAGGGCAGCUCGCAGGAGCGCGUGCAGGCCGCCGUGUCCGCGCGCGCGAACCUCUUCCUGCAGCAGCACAUGCUGCCUCUCCAGUCCCUCUCCCGCCCGAGGCACAAACCCGAGUCCGCCACGUCGACGGGCGCCAGCUCGCCCGUGUCCGAGCGCGACGCGCCCGCGGUCGACCCGGACUCGGCGCUCGCGCGGCGGCUGCAGCCGCUGCUCGAGCAGGAGGCGCUGCUGGAGACGUUCGUCGCGGAGGCGCUCGCGCGCCGCAAGUUCGAGGACGCGCGCACGCUCAAGCUCAACCUGCGCGAGAUCCGCGCGGAGAUCGAGCGCAUGCUCGCC